AUAUAUCACCAAACAUAUCUGUAAUUUCUGCUCUCUUCUGUCUCUCUUUCUCCUUCUCAGACACACACAGUUUGGUGUUGUUGUUGUGGCUGAGAAAACAAAACGAACCUUGUGUGUCAGGUGAAAAAUGGGGAGGAAGUGCUCACAUUGUGGAAUCAUAGGCCAUAAUUCCAGGACCUGCACCUCUUUGAUCAGAGGUAGUUUUGUCGGGGUUCGCCUCUUCGGCGUUCAACUGGACAUAUCCUCCUGUCUCACCAUGAAGAAAAGCUUCAGCAUGGACUCCUUGCCCUUACCCUCUUCAUCAUCUUCUCCAUCUUCCUCCUUUUGUUCGUCAAGAAUAACGGUUGAAGAGAAUUAUGACAGAACCUCAUUCGGGUAUCUAUCAGAUGGUCUCAUUGCUGGAGCACAAGAGAGGAAGAAAGGAGUUCCGUGGACAGAAGAAGAACACAGAACAUUCCUAAUUGGAUUAGAGAAACUGGGAAAAGGAGACUGGAGGGGAAUCUCUAGAAACUAUGUGACUACAAGAACACCAACCCAAGUUGCAAGCCAUGCUCAGAAGUACUUCAUUCGACUAGCCAUGAUGAAUAAGAAGAAAAGACGUUCAAGUCUCUUUGACAUGAUUGGUAGCAAAAGCACAAAAACUACUCCUCAUCCAAAUAGCAGUUCAGAUUCUUGUAAUCAACAAGUUAAAUCCAAAUGUGAAGUUGAGAAGGAUGCUACUUUGUCACUGCUAACCUCCUUCCAACAAGAAACUAAAUCAGAUGAUGAUGAUGAGAAGAAAACUGGUGAUGAUAGAUACUCUAACGUUGAAGCAUCAGAAGCUGCAGAGCCUAUGUGGCUAUCCUAAAAUGCAGUAGGGCCUGAUCUGCAGCUCACUCUUGCAGCACCUAAAGUAAACACCUUGGAACAACCUAAGUCAUCCCCUGGUUCCUUCCUUCUUGGGUCAAUUAGUGUCACUUGAUUAAAGUAAUUAACUACAUAAAUAUGUUUUUCAUAGGCAAAUAUGUGAAGCUUAAUUAUACUAUUAUAUAUAAAUUUAGCAGGGAUAUAUGAAUCCUUUUAAUUAUUUGUUGUCUAGCUAGCAUCAACUCACUCAGAUAGAAGAUCUUCUCAUCUGAUCAAAGAAACAUAUUUACUUUUCUUGGUGUAGUCA